UUUUUCAACUCUCUGGGAUCGGUUAUCGUAACGUAAAUACGAAUAAAAGUAGAAAAAUCAAAGCAAAACUGAUUUAACUAAAAAGGAAUGAAUUAAAGAAACAAAAAACAAUUUAUGAAUUUUAAAUACACCUUCAAUUAAAAAAGAAAUUUUCAAUAAAUUAAAUAAGAAUUUUAAAAAAUAGCAAAAAUCAUUUAAAAAUCUACAAAUUUAACUUCCAAAAAGGAAAAGCAGAAAACAAAGUGUGUUAAAUAUUGAAACUUAAUAAAUCAUUUAAAAGGAAUUCUUUUGCCAACUUACAAAAAGAAUUAAAAAUAAAAUAUUUGUGCAAUAAUUACAAAUCAAAAAUUAUUUGUUAAACAACUUAAGAAAAACGAAACUAAAUAUUAGUUUCAAUAAAUUUUUCUUGUAAAAUUUAACAAAGUUUAAGUAAAAAACGCAACUUUUCGCCACUACUACUAAAAUCGUUUAACGAUACAAAAAAAAAUAAUAAAUUUUUCUUUCUAAAACUGUUAAUAAAAACAAUACCAAAAUUUUUGUCACAAUGAGUGUGUGUGAAAAUAGCAACUCAGUUGUUCAACAACAUCAGCAGCAAGUUCCGCCACAGCAUCUGCAAGCGGCUCAACAACAGCAGCCCCAGCUGCAAGCAACAGCAGCAAACCCAACAGCAAAGUACACAAGUAUUGCUGAUUAUUUGGCUCAGCUACUUAAGGAUCGUAAACAGUUGGCUGCAUUCCCAAAUGUUUUCAAUCAUGUCGAACGUCUACUUGACGAAGGUAAGUUGUGGACUUUUAAACAUAUUGCAAUUAUUUUUAAUAGAAAAUUAGAAAAAAAUAUGUAUAUUAAUGGCAAAUAG